AUGGUCGAGAGCACUGUUCCCAUGCCAGCCACUAUGCCUCUUUGCAGUCUUGUGGCCAACAUCACCGUGCAGCCGCAACGACCAACCGCAAGUUCCAACAGUCACCACCCUCUAGGCUUCACUGCUGGAUUCGAGGACUACCACCAUGGAGCCGCCAUGACGCACAGCGGAACAAAUACGUCAAUUCCCUCAUUUACCACCAUGCAUGACGUUUGUGGCUCUCUAGCACACCUCCAACGAAACCCUAGCCCACGUGCAGUUGGACUCCACACAAUUCUCUCAUCCUGA